AGAGUGUGUGAGAUGACGAGACAUCUGUUUCCGCUUCGCUUACGCCAAGUUUUAGCUGCGCGUGCGGAAAGCAGUUUGAACUAUUCGUCAUCCGCAACUGUUGCUGAAGUUAAGACUAAACGUUUCAAUGAAAUACCGGGGCCAGUAUGCCUACCCUUCAUUGGGACGAUGUGGGAAAUGCUACCCAUUAUAGGGAACAGGCCGGACCUGUCCAGAAGGCAUGUGAACCUCAUGGAAGGUAUUGAAAAAUAUGGGCCGGUAUUCAAGGUUCGGAUUCCAUUUAUGGGAGACAUGGUUAUAUUGAGCGAACCGGAGGAUUUCGAGACGAUGCGUUGGUACGAAGAGAAGUAUCCGUCUCGCAAGAUCUUAGGCCCCCUCGAACAUUACCGCACCAAAAUCAGCAAGCACAAUUUUCCGCAUGCUGGAGUUUUGAUUGUAAAUGGAGAAGAUUGGUAUCGAAUGCGAGCCAAGUAUCAGCAAAGGAUGAUGAAACCUAAAUCAGCGUUGAAAUAUUUGGACGUGAUGCAAUCUGUUGCUUCUGAUUUUAUUGACCGAAUCAGGCUGAUCCGAGAUGCAAACAACGAAGCCCCGGAAGAUUUUCAGAACGACCUUUACAGAUGGGCCCUCGAAUCGGUUUCGUGCUUCGCUUUGAAUGCUCGUCUUGGAUGCUUGCAAGAAGGUCUCACGCCAGAUUCUGAUGCUCAGAAAAUGAUCACCGCCAUGAAUAUUACGUUCGAUGCGUUGAAUUACACGGAAAAUAAUCUUCCGUUGUGGAAGAUCUACCGAACGAAGCAGUUCAAGCGUCUGAUCGAAGCGCAGGAAGUCUUCACAGAAAUUUCUUUGAAGUAUAUUCGUAGAACAUUGGAGAUAUUUGAGAAGGACCCAGUCACUGAUGAGAACGAAGCCUCCAUACUUCAGUUGCUGUUGACGAAGGAUAAUUUGUCACAGAACGACGUUCUUCUGUUGAUUUUGGAUUUGCUCAUGGCGGGAAUAGAUACGACGUCACACAGCAUGGGAUUCUUGCUUUUUCAACUUGCCAAAAACCCAGACAAACAAUUGAAGCUACGAGAGGAAGUUGAUCAAGUGAUCGGGGACAAGUCUAGACCAGUUACAGCAGCCGCACUGAAUUCGUUAUCAUACCUCAAGUCAUGCAUUCGGGAAAGCAUGAGAAUGCAGUCAGUGGCGGGUGGAAUCCUGAGGGAAUUUGGCAAAGAUGUCGUAAUCCACAACUACAUGAUCCCGAAGGGAACUAAGGUAUUCGCGUUCGCUCAUGCUGCCGGACAGAAUCCGAAGUACUUCCAAAAUCCGCGAGAAUUUCGGCCUGAACGUUGGAUACGUGGAAUUCGAGAAGACAUCCAUCCAUACGCCACUAUCCCGUUCGGUCAUGGCCUGAGGAUGUGUCUCGGGAGACGUUUCGCUGAACAGGAAAUGUGGUUGUUGACUGCAAAGCUGAUCCAGAAUUUUGACGUCAAAUAUCACUACGAAGAUAUCGACAUCCGCUCACGUCUCCUCAUGAUCCCAGACAAACCGCUCAAAUUUCAGUUCAACGACAGCUUGCGGCAUUCUUCAAGUGACGUUGCUACGGACUCGAAGCCGAAAAGUUUCAAUGAAAUUCCUGGCCCCGUAAAUGUGCCGCUUCUCGGAUCUACGUGGAAGUUUCUUCCGAUCGUGCUGAUCACGCUGUAUGCGUCUCACUUCUUCGUUUGUAAAGGGAAGAAGCCGGAUCCUAGCAGAAUGUACCAAAUUUUUUUCGACGAGCUGGCAUCAUAUGGUCCUAUUUACAAAUGGCGGAUUCCCUUCGUCGGGAAUAUAGUAGUGCUCAGUGAACCGCAGGAUUUUGAAGAUAUGCGAUGGCAUGAAGAAAAAUAUCCAACUCGAAAAAUAUUACGCCCAAUCGAAAGAUAUCGGAUGAAAGUCAGCAAGCACAAGUUUCCACACGCUGGGGUGUUGAUCAUAAAUGGGCCUGAUUGGUACAGACUUCGAACGAAAUAUCAGCAGCGGAUGUUGAAACCCAAGUCAGCAUUGCAAUAUUUGAAUUCUAUGCAGGAUGUCGCGACGGACUUCAUUGCCAGAGUUCGUCUAAUUCGAGACGAAAAGAAUGAAAUGCCGGAGGAUUUUCAGAAUGAACUUUACAAAUGGGCUUUGGAAUCGGUUUCCUGCUUUGCUCUGAACACUCGGUUGGGUUGCUUGGAUGCAGUUCUGUCACACGAUUCCGAUGCCCAAAAAAUGAUCACGGCCACCAAUGAAACUUUUGACGCUUUGAAUAUUACCGAAAAUGGUGCUCCGUUUUGGAUGUUUUUCCCUUCGAGGGCAUACAAUCGUUUGAUCAAAGCACAGGACACGUUUACGGAGAUUGCGUUGAAGUACAUCAGGAAAGUCCUGGAGGACGUGCAGAAAAACCCGGACACGGAUGAACAGGAUGCAUCGGUACUGCAAUUGUUUCUGUCCAAGGAUGAGUUGACUCAGGACGAUGUUCUACUUUUGAUUCUGGACCUCCUGAUGGCUGGAAUUGAUACGACUUCGCACAGUAUGGGAUUUUUGCUUUACCAUCUGGCGAAGAACCCUGAGAAGCAAGCGAAGCUGAGAGCAGAAGUGGACGAAGUUGUCGGUGGCAAAUCGGAAGCAAUUACCGCAAAGGCUUUGAACUCUUUAUCCUAUCUCAAAGCAUGCAUAAAGGAAUCCAUGCGGUUGCUUCCUGUGACUAGUGGAAUACUACGCGAGUUCAACAAAGAUGUUAUCAUCAGGAAUUAUCUCAUUCCCAAAGGCACGUGGGUAGUAGCUGCGACGCUUGCAGCCUCUCGUGAUUCCAAGUAUUUUUCUGAUCCGGAUGAAUUCAAACCGGAGCGAUGGAUGAGAGGAACGAGGGAGGAUAUUCAUCCUUACGCAACAAUUCCGUUCGGACACGGCCUGAGAAUGUGUCUUGGUAGGCGUUUUGCUGAGCAAGAGAUGUGGCUGCUGACGGCGAAGUUGAUACAAAACUUCGAAAUCCAGUAUCAUUACGAGGAUAUUGGCAUCAAAACAAGGCUGUUGAACAUCCCCGAUCAACCGUUGCGGUUCCAGUUGAUCGAUCGAUAAUACAAAGGAUGUUUUGCGAAGUACAAUAUUUUCAUCCCGGUGAAUAACAAUCUUGUGUAUGGCUAUCCUUUCUUUGACGUAUGUAAAGUGUUGAUAAUUGAACCGUUGCUUCUGUGAUUUUUUCGUGGCUCUGCGUGUAUACCCAAAAAGAAUACGGGACUUUUGAGCUGAUCGCCCAUUUUGUACUGAAAUUCGUCAUUGGCUGUAUUAAAACAAACUCCAUCGUGUACGAAA